AUGUUGGACGUCAAGGACACUGGCAGAGGCGUGUUCGUGUGUAGCAGUCCGGGUCCUGAUCCGUACACGUCGCAGGACCUCUACAAUCCCGUCUACGAGGAGCUGAGCAACGGGGACCAUCCGGAAACGGACGAGGAGAGCGAGCUGAACGCGCGGAACCGGCUUCAUCAUCAUCAUCACCGCCAUCAUCAUCGGCCCUCGUCGUCGUCGAAACCGGCGAGCGAGGACGAGUUCGCCGAGGACGAGCUCUCCGUGGGUGAACCGUCCGAGGCGAGGAUGUUGACAUCGACGGGUCCGACGUGGGGCACCUGUCCAGCUGGUGGCAGGCCACCGCGGGAGAAACGAGGAAGGAGCCCCAGGAGCCUCGACAGGCACAGGAGAGACAAGCACCACGAUGUCGGCGAGUUUCACGAGGGGAUGCUGCUGGACGCGUUGCUGCAGCUCUAUCCCAGUGUCGCCGGCGUGGCAGGCACUCGAUCGAACAGCAAUCAACGACAACAGUCCGUCCCAUCGGUGGCUCACAGGUUACCGUACUUCGUGCCACCGAUGCCAGCGACGCAAGCCCUCCGAGUCGAGGAGAACCCGUACGAGAGCGUGCCGGUGCUGGGCCCUCUGCACCACUAUUCGAGCCAGAGCAGAAGCAACAAGGAGAGGUCUCGCAAGUCGAACGACAAGUACAAGUACUCGGCGCAAUACGGGGCCGAGUAUUACGGGCUGCAGAACCAGGACACCGCUCCCGUAUACACGCAGGUAGGGGGCGAGUACUCGGACACCUACUCGCAGCCCACCGAUCGUCUCUACAACGAGGACAAGUACACGCAGCCGGUGUACUACGCGACACGCGACAGCGACCAGAUAUCUUCCGGCAGGCUGUACCAAGGUCAGCCGGACAGCAGUUUCGGUAGCGACAGCGGCUACAGCCAUCACACUUCCGGCACCACCGGAACCACCGGCACGCGCAGCAGUAACUCGAGGACGAAUCACCGAAAGGACAAGCAUCGAAAUUCUCAUCAUUCUCAUCAUUCCGCGGACUACAUCGUGUCCUAA